GAUGGGAAGGGGGCGGGGCGCAGCGGCGCCCUGGGAAGUUCAGCCGCCGCCAUUUCGCUGGAGCCGACCUGCCCGGGCCCACGAAAGCGGCGGCCGGCGAAGCGGAAAGGGACAGGGCUUGCCCGGCUCCUCCCUCGCUGAAGCAGAGAGGCGGGGACUGAGCGCCGUCCAGCCGGGCCGGUGGGGGCGGCGGGCUCGAGUGCGGCCCGGCUAUGUCGGCAUUCUCGGAGGCAGCGCUGGAGCGGAAGCUGUCGGAGCUGAGCAACUCGCAGCAGAGCGUGCAGACCCUGAGCCUGUGGCUCAUCCACCACCGCAAGCACUCGGCGCUUAUCGUCAGCGUGUGGGAGCGAGAGCUGCGAAAAGCAAAACCAAAUAGAAAACUGACAUUCCUGUACUUGGCCAAUGAUGUCAUACAGAACAGCAAAAGGAAAGGACCGGAAUUUACAAAAGACUUUGCUCCAGUAAUAGUGGAGGCUUUUAAGCACGUUUCAAGUGAGUCUGAUGAGAGUUGUAAGAAACACCUUGGCCGAGUGCUCUCUAUCUGGGAAGAAAGGUCUGUUUAUGAAAAUGAUGUAUUAGAACAACUUAGGCAAGCUUUGUAUGGAGACAGAAAGGUGAGGAAGCGCACAUACGAACAGAUAAAAGUUGAUGAAAAUAACUGUUCACCCCGAAGUUCUCCCACUGAACCUCCACAGACCACAGAUCUCAUUAGAGCAUUACAAGAACUAGAAAACGCUGCCUCUGGGGAUGCAGCAGUUCAUCAGAGAAUAGCUUCUUUGCCUAUAGAGGUCCAGGAUGUGUCACUGUUAGACAGAAUAACAGAUAAGGAAUCUGGAGAGCAACUUUCCAAAAUGGUAGAUGAUGCAUGUAUGUUACUGGCGGAUUACAAUGGCAGAUUGGCAGCUGAAAUAGAUGAUAGAAAACAGCUAACUCGAAUGUUGUCAGACUUUCUCCGAUGUCAGAAAGAAUUCCUUGCAGAGAAGGAACAUAAGCUGGAAGUUUCAUUGUUCAGAUCUGUCAAGAAUCAUGGAAUGUUAGGGAGUUGGAAGAGGUCAAGUCCAUGCCCCCCCCUGCCAAAGCAGGAUCACUAGGACAGGCCACACAGAAGCACAUCCAAAUGAGUUUUGAAAGUCUCCAGAGAAGAACAUUUUCCCAUGUUAAGAUAAACUUAUAUUAAGAUAUGCUUACCACCAGUACUACUUUUUGGUUUGGGAAGUGCACCCUGAUGGAAAUUUAAGGUCGAGAUGUCUUAAUGAUAUUGCUGUUUUUGAGAAGUGGCUAUCUGCUGAUGUAAAUACCUGGAACGUUUGUUUUCUGAAGCAAGGGCUCUGUUUUCACGGUCUUAGGAAAUAUCAUACUUCAGAUAGAGCCUUGCUUCUUGGCUUCUCAUUUGAUAAAGCAGUGGCAGAUGGCUUGUCACCUAAUUCUCUGUGAAUGUAUUUCCUGAACUGUCUGUCCCUAGGUUUUGUUUACUUUGUUAGACUUCUGGUUAGUGAGCUUUUUUUUAAAGUAUAAUACAGUCUCUGAGUUGUAACAGUAAAAUCUUCCUGAGUUAGUGUCACUAAUCUGUGAGGAUAUAGUUGAGAUCCUGCCUUACUAAUGUGUCAGUCACUCAAGUACAGUAAGAAAACAAUUGUUGUAUUCUUAGUGGUAACAUUUUUGUAUUCCUGCUGUUGAUCUGGUUUAACAGUAUUAGAAUUUGGAUCUCCAGAUAAUUCUUACUGACUUUGAACUUAGAUGUGAGACUUGGACCUAAAUUUUAAGGUUUUCUAUGUUUUGAAGAAAAUUUUCAGGUAAGUAACUUUGAAUGACAAAUCUUUACAUGAGUAGCUUUUUAAGAAUGAGUUUCUCUAAUAGUUACUUCCAAACAGAAGUGCAUGAUUCCCAUCAAAAUCUUGACAGCAAAUUUUGGCAUUAGAUAAAUAAUGUAAGCUAUCAUGUCUGCAUUAAAAGCUAUCUGUACUGCUUAGGUGAUUUUCACAAGUCUGUUCUGGGUAAGUAAUGUCAUCUUUAACUCUUGAAUUGUUUUCUUUAACAUCUGUCUAGCUUCUGUUGCAGGUGGUGGACAUGGACCUAUCUUCUAAAGAUGUCACCAUCCAUUAGUGCACACAUCCUGCUAAAAAUAAAUUUAAGAACCAAAA